AUGUUGCCGGCUUUCAACCCAGUGCGAUUACGCUGGGGCCCAGCAAGAGUGGCCAGAGCAGCAAGGUCUAUUGGCAUAAGCCAAUCUUACCCAUCUGCUAUCAACCCAUCACAAGCAGAAGUCAAUUCUGGGCAACUCACACCUCAGAACCUGGAAGUUGCCAUCCGAAGCUUGUUCCACGAUGGCCUUGUCGUGGUGACCGAUGUUGUUCCCCACAAUUCACUCGAUCAACUCAACAAGAAGAUGAUAGAUGAUGCUCAGAAGCUCUAUUCCCGAAAAGAAAACAGCCCGUUCAACUAUAACCCGAACAAUCUCCAGCAAGAUCCCCCACCAACGAAGAAGUACUUUGAUCCUCAGAUAUUCCUGAAUCCAAUUGCAACCCAAGUAACAUCCACAGCAUUGGGUCCCCGUCCAAAAUGGACAUUCUGCUCAGGAAACACAGCCAUGCCCCCAACAGCAGAAAACCCGCCCACAUCUCAACCCGUACACUCAGACGCUGACUUCGCGCACCCGAAUCAUCCAUUCGCUCAUGUAAUCAACAUCCCUUUGAUUACCAUGACACCAGAAAACGGCUCUACUCAGAUCUGGCUUGGAACGCACAAGGACACAAACCUGCUCAUGCAAGAAGGUCAACACGGCGAACGGGCCAGUGGUCAAAUCAAGACCGAAGAACUGGAAAAGCGUAGAGAAAUCCGGCCGCCUUGUCAGCCACUUGUUCCUAAAGGAUCUAUAGUGAUCCGGGAUUUGCGGCUUUGGCAUGCUGGAAUGGGGAACCGGACGGAUCAAGUACGAGUGAUGCUGGCGAUGAUUCAUUUUGCGCCUUGGUAUCGGAACCCUAUGAAUUUGCAGCUUGCUGAUGAUCUCAAGGGGACUAUUGAGCAGGAGAAGUUGCUGGAGGUUCCAGUUCAAUGGGCAUCGGAGGAUGUAGUUCUGGAUCAAUACUUGAAUAGAGGGUUCGGAAACGCUUAUGAUUUCAGCCAAGGCGAGAACACACUGAACUAA